UUCCGGGAGGGAACAACGCGGAAAAGGUGGAGUCCAAGUUGGGGAGUUGGUUGAAUACGGAAGCCGACCAGACCCGCACUAUUCACCGGACCCAAACCAGAACCACCACCCUAAUCUUCUCCUCGCCUCUUUCUUACUUUUGCUCCAACUUGAGAAGCGCUAAGCGGUCAUUUCUUGUUCCCUUAGGACGCGCCGCGCAUACACCGCCCGCUAGCUGCUAACAGCUAGUUAGCAACCUAGCUGCUAACGUCAGAGACAGACGACCAAACCAUGAGCGGAGGAGUGAACAGCAUCGAGGCGGUGAAGAGGAAGAUCAAGGUUCUUCAAGCGCAAGCUGAAGAAGCCGAGGACCGAGCGGAGAAGCUGCAAUGCCAGCUGGAGGAGGAGAAGAAGAGCCGGGAAGAGGCCGAGGCGGACGUGGCGUCCCUCACUCGCCGUCUGCAGCUGACCGAGGACAAUCUGGACCAGACCCACGGGCAGCUGACCGAGGCCAUCAGCAAGCUGGACAAGCUGGAGAAGGUGGCCGACGAAAGCGAGAGGGGGAUUCGCGUGAUCGAGACCCGAGCCAUGAAGGACGAGGAGAAGAUGGAACUCCUGACGGUCGAACUUAAACAAGCCCAGGUCAUCGCCGAGGAGGCCGACCGCAAAUACGAGGAAGUGGCUCGUAAGCUGGUGAUGGGGGAGCAUGAUCUGGAGCGCGCAGAAGCCCGAGCAGAGCAAGCUGAAAGCAAAUGUCGCCAGUUUGAGGAGGAGCUAAAAACCCUCUCUGCGAGCUCUAAGAGUCUGGAGUCUCAGACUGAGAAGUUCUCCCAGCAGGAGGAUCGCUACGAGGACGAGAUCCAGAAACUUAGCAGCAAACUAAAGGAGGCCGAGACCAGGGCUGAGUCUGCAGAGCGUACGGUGACCAGGCUGGAGAAAUCCAUCGACUGUCUGGAAGAGUCACUGGAAGCGGCCAAGAACGCCAACAUGGAGCUGCACGCCACCCUCAACAAGACCAUGGAGGAACUCAACUCGUGCUGAACACAAAAGGGAACUACUCGCCAACAUUCCUCUCAUUAACAAAGCUCGUUAGUGGGAUUAGUCGCUCGCUUGAUCAAUUUUCCUGCUCGGGGAACCAGCCAAUUGUAUUCUUCUGCCAAGCUUAAGGGGCCAAUUAGAGGUGCAAGACACGCCUCUCUGGAUGAAAACAUGUUUUUAUGCUGUGAUGACGCCGUCACAAGACGGCUUUUUCUAAAAUAAAAGCACCACGUUCAA